UUUUUUUUCAUCAAAACACAGAAAUAUCAUUUUGCGAGGCAAUCCCAUUCUCAUCUUCCAUUUCCACCAUCAAUACUAUUUUCUUGUCGUUGAGAAGCUUCGCGAACGAAAGCAAAGAACCCUAGACCGUCACAGAACCAUUCCAUAGCCAUGUCUGGUGUUGGCCCUCUUUCUCAGGAUUGGGAACCUGUCGUCCUCCGCAAGAAGGCUCCCACCGCCGCCGCCAAGAAGGACGAGAAAGCCGUCAACGCCGCCCGCCGCUCUGGCGCCGAAAUCGAAACCCUAAAAAAGUAUAAUGCUGGGACAAACAAAGCAGCAUCUAGCGGCACUUCAUUGAACACUAAGAGGCUGGAUGAUGAUACUGAGAGUCUAGCUCAUGAGAAGGUGCCAACUGAACUUAAGAAGGCUAUAAUGCAAGCUAGGAUGGACAAAAAGCUUACUCAGUCUCAGCUUGCUCAACUGAUCAAUGAGAAGCCUCAAGUGAUCCAGGAGUAUGAGUCAGGGAAGGCCAUUCCAAACCAGCAGAUAAUUAGCAAGUUGGAAAGAGCUCUUGGAGCUAAACUGCGUGGCAAGAAAUAAGUUGUAACUAAUGUCAUGGUUGUGCAUGUAGCUUGGUUUGCAUGUCACUAACUCACUAUGGAACUGUUAUGUUUGCUAGCCAAUUGUGUAAUAUGUAAGACAGAUAAAUGGUUCUGAGGACCUGUGGCUUUCACCUGUUCGAGUAAAUAAAGUUGCAUUUUCAGUACAAA